UUCUAAAUGAUGAUUGGACUACUGGAAACUGGGAGGUGGGAGCUGGAAGCAGGCAAAGGAAAAGCUGAUCGGGUGCAGCUAUGGCAACUCCAGCGCUUGAGGCUUGAAGAAGGAGCCCUGCUACCAGAGGUGUAGCCCUUCUUAUGGAAGAACACUCUGUUAUUUCAUGAUGGCAUUUGCCCCUCCAAAAAGCAUAGGUGGCCCCAAAAUGCAGACAAAGAUGAGCACAUGGACACCAUUAAACCAUCAGCUGUUGAAUGAUCGGGUAUUUGAAGAAAGAAGAGCUCUGCUUGGAAAAUGGUUUGACAAGUGGACAGACUCUCAGAGGAGGAGAAUCCUCAUCGGCCUGUUGGAGCGCUGCUCGCUGUCCCAGCAGAAGUUCUGCUGUAGAAAGCUUCAGGAACAAAUCCCAGCAGAAGCCCUGGACUUCACUACCAAGCUCCCCAGGGUGUUGUCCGUGUACAUCUUUUCCUUCCUGGACCCCCGCAGCCUCUGUCGCUGUGCACAGACUGCAGGCCACGCACGAAUAGAAAAGCUUCAAAAUAAGGUGCCCGAAGAUGUGAGCGAGACAGAAGAGACUCAGGUGAGCUGGCACUGGAAGAACGUAUCAGAGCUGGACCAGCUGUGGAUGCUGAAAUGCUUGCGGUUUAACUGGCGCCUUGAUUUCUCCCCGAGUCCCUUCGAGCAGGGGGUGUGGAAGAAGCACUAUAUUCAAAUGGUGAAAAAGCUCCACGUCACCAAGCCCAAGACACCUCCAAAAGAUGGCUUUGUAAUCACCAAUGUUCAGCCAGUUGCAAGCAGCUCUCCAGGGGAUAAGCAGUCCCCUUUCCGGUCCUCCUCCACAAGAAGAAAGAAUAACCUGGGGGAGAGAGAACUUCCACCCUGGCGAUCCUCUGACAAGCAUCCAACGGAUAUAAUCCGUUUUAAUUAUCUGGACAACUGUGAUCCCUUCCAGCCCGGCUCCCAAGGAAGAAGAAAAAGAAAUGAAACGACUCCAGAUUUCAGCCAACAGUCACAUAAUAAGAAAAACAAACUUCAGGACCAAGCUAGGCUAAGAAAAGCACAGUCCUUGAUGUCCCUGAGUCCCAGUUCACCUCUAGGAGCCCCAGCUCAUCGUGCUUGGCCUUCUCAUCUGUUUGUGGGACCCCCACCACCCGGAGCGGCAGCUGAAACCUUCGAGCAGCAGCUCCAGAGCACCCUGGGCGACAGCCACUCCCCAUCCAGGUUCCCGAAGCCAAGCUGAUCUGAACACGGGAAAGGACUUUAUAGUAAUGAGGAGGUUCUCUACCUGGUACAGAACUGGCUUCCACCGGGCUGUUCCAUUACAGACCUUUUAGAUUGAAGGACUUUGUGGUGAAAAUGAGUCCCGCAGUAUUUCAAUUAAAAAAAAAAUCCACAGUACAAGCCAGUGUGGUGGUGCACACCUGUAAUCCCAGAUGCUCGGAGGCCAAGGCAGGAGGAUUGCAAAUGCCAGCCCAGCCUGGGUGACCCUGUCUCCAAGUAAGAUGAAAAGGACAAGGAUGGAGCUCAGUGCUGAGUGUUUGCCCAGCAUGUGAGAAGCCCUGGUUUGAUCCCAUGAUAUAAACUUUGACCAAUAACUUAGAACACCGAGGUAGGUACAUUGGGGCUGAAGAACGGUCGUCAGGAGGCCAUCGGUACUAUCCAGUACACAGUGCAGUCAGGAAGGAAAGACAGCACCUUCAGGGCUCCUUGGACAGCUUCAGGUCAAAGCUGCCUGUCACAGGGGCUGUGUUUUCCAGGGCACCCACAGACAGCAGCUUUGACAAUGAGAGUUUGCUUCCUCACAGUUCUGGAGGCGGGAAGCCGGAGAGCAGGGAUCAGCAGGGCGGCUUCUCCCGAAGCCUGUGUGCUUGGCUCCCAGACAGCCCUGGUCCCCUGUGUCUUUUCAUGCUCUCUUUGGUAUAUGCCUGUGUCCUAAUCUCUUCUUCUAAGGACCUGGCCAUACUGGAUCACCUCUCGGGGCCCUGGGGACCUUUUAAGGCCUCUGUCACACACAGCCCCCUCCCUGCAUCACCUGCAGGAACGUGAUGCAGCCCCUAACAUGCCUCUUACAGGAGUCCAGAGGGUGGCGAGGGAUCCGGGCACUGGCAACAGCAGAGGUCACGAAAGGUACAGAACGGAGGUCCUGGAACCAGUCAUGGGGUGCAGGGCCAGAGCUGAGCAGGGAGGGAAGAGGGGUGCAACCCAAGCUGCUCUCCUCUCAUACUUCCCUACUCUUCCCCUCACCCAAAUGGGUUCAGAGUCAAUGGAGAACAGAAACUGUCACUUAGUAGUUCCACACUGCAAACCAACCUACCUGCCCCUAGAGCCAUAGCAGUGCCCUAGCAGUUGCCAUGCUGGGGGACUCAUUUACCAGCCUCGCCAUGUGACCCCUUCUGUUCUUGGACUUGAAGAUUGUGGGUGAAUUCUGACUGGUUUAACGGCAGCCCAGGAGGUGUAGCACAGGGCAUAGUGGUUUGGAUGUCUAAAUGGUGGAUGGGGCAAAGCCUGGCCAAGUCACCACUGAUUUGUUGAAACCACCCAGAGUGACACCGGCACUGACACCCGUGUCCUUCCCAUGGCAAAGCAGAUGGCUAGCAGGAAGGGCAUCUACCCCCAAAGACUGAGCUGCAUGGUCUAUCCCAGGGAGCCAGGGGCAGACAGACAUGGAAGCUGCGGUCCCUUGUGUUUGUCAGCUUUUGGCCCAAGACACCCUUAGAUUAGGUCAGGAGUCAGUCACAUGAUGGGCAGAUAGUUGAAUGGGACAGACUGUAGUCUGGUUCCUUGUGGAAGAAACCAAGACUUCUGGGUCAAAAGCUUUUCAAGAGAAGAAGACCUCGACCAGAACUAGCAGUGGCAUCUUGUCUUCAGCUACCUUUAUCCUAUUCUUGUGGGACAAGCCAGCCCUGCCUUCCUUGCUGCUCUGAGAAGUCAAUUAUUUUCCCCCAAAUCAAUGUUUUGGACAAGGUUCUGCAGGAAGCUGGCCCACCCGGUGUGGUCUGGGCCUUCUCCACAGAAGGCCAGAUGCUGUACUUCCAAGAUGGCGGCAGGCCCUGACUGGAAGGAGACAACAUCUACUAAGGCUCUGCUCCCUUCCUUGUGGCCUGGGGCUCUCACAGAGUGGGAGUGGGCCAGGUAGAACCCAUGUCCCUUUUCAGGUCUCAGUCUUGGGAGUCUCAUAGGGUCAUUUCCACCAUCCCAAGCUAGAGAGAUUCGUCCAACUUUCCAUCUUCAAAAAGAAGGGACACAGACUCAGGAGGUUCUGCGAGGUUCUAGAAGAACACGUGGGAUGGGAAACACUUGUGCAAACUUUGUGGAAUAGACUUCUGUCUUCCAGAUGGUUCUCUGUGCGACCCUUACCUGUCCAUAGGUCAGGACACAGUGACAUGAGCUGGAUGGUAAGUGAAAAAGAUACUGCUGUUCAUUAACUCAGCAAAACUUUAAAUACCUACUGUGUGCUGGCGCUUAGUUUUGUUCUGGGAACACAGCCGGCCCUCAGUGUUUUGUUUUAGCGCAACCAUGGCCUCAUAAAUCAAAUGACACUCAAUUCUCUUAUAUGCAAAUAGCAAAACUAUUUGCACAUAGCUUGCCCAUAUCUGCUCAUAUACUUUAGUUUUCUUUUGGUGCUUCGGAUUGAAUUCAAGGUCUUUUGCUGCUAAGCUCUGGGCUCUACUGUUGAGCUAUAUCCUAGCCCCUCCCUUGUACUUUGAAUCAUUUCUCGAUACUUUUAUUUAUUUUUCGGUUCUUUGAGACAGUCUUGCUCUGUAAUUCAGGCUGGCCUUGAACUCACUCUGUAGCACAGGCUGACUUUGAGCUCCUGGCAAUCCUUUGGCCUCAGCCUCUCAAAUGCUGGAAUUACAGACGUGUGGCACCCACACCGGCUCCAGAUACUUUAGAAUCGCUCCUACAAUGUAGGUGCUAUGGGAAUUGUUUUUUCAGCUGUUUUAUUUAGGGAACAGUGACAAGAACAGAAGCACCCCCCUCCCCCCGUUCAGCACAGCCGUAACCCUGUAGAGAGACCUCACUACAGCACACACGUCAGCAAUAACAUAACUGGCUCUUCCUAACUUUGCGAUUCCUGGUUGGUUGAGCCUAGGAUGAACACAUGAAAUCAGACAGCGUGCGUGUGGGUUGUGAGGGAAACACCUGUCCUGCUUCUCAAUGGGCUUUUUAUGCUGGGAAAGUUGAGUGGCUGCUGGAAUACAAUGCUCGCUGCAAGCAGCAGAAGCUCAUCGCAGGGACAAAAGAGCCACUCGAGGCUGAGUUGCAGAAGAGACAUCCAAGCGGCAAUUCAGAGUGGAGUCUUCAUGCUUAGCAGCAAACAGAAAGAGAGGCGGGGCAGGGGAGAGGCACCCUUGAGAAGAACUAAGAGAUUCAGACCUGCAGCUCAAGCAUUCCAGUUUGCCCAGGGCGGUCCUGGGUUUAGCACUAAACCUCCCCCCUAGGGAGCCCCCCAACCCUGGUGAGUUAUCCUUGGGACAGGGACUGCUCCCCCAGGACCAGGGUUUGCAGGAGUGGAGAGAAAGGAAGCUGGAAAAGUAUCCAGGAGCCCUCACAGGAAGCCAAGCCGCGCUGAGGAGGUAAGGCGCCGUCCUUGGCAGUGGAACAGUCAUCAAGGACUUCCACCCGGCAGGGUGACUUGCUGAGACUCGCUCUGCUCUGCUCACAUUGCUCUGCUGCCUGGGGACCAUCCUGAAGCCUGCCCCCUAGGGGGAGCCACCCUGCUUUUCCAGGAAAGAGACAAUAGUGACUUGUACCAAAGCAGCCCAAAAGGUGACAGCAAGAACCACAAGGAUGUGGGCCAUUCUUCAGAGCGAAGAGCAGAACUUAGAACUUCAGAGAUGGUGGCUCUGAGAGGAGAAACCAAGAGUGCCUCCCGGAUUGCUAGCUUGAGCAACUGGGAAAAGUGUCAGGAAUCAAUUAGGAAGGUUUGGAAACACCUUCCCGCACCAUCCCACGCCCGAACGUGAACAAAGCGUUCAUUCUCCUCCCACGGGUGCAUGCUGUGCAGCGCCUUCAAGGCCGUGGUUCAGCCGGGAGCCGCACAGGGACUUCAGGAUAAGCAGGAGGUUUGGGGCUCCAGGGGCAAAGGAGACUGGGACUCAUCAAACUGGACAACUGAUAAGCUGUUUCAUACUUGAUCUGGUUCACUUUCCAUAAGACUCUUCUGAGGGAGGUGCUCUCGCUUUAUAGAUGCAGUUUGGGAUAAAAUAACGUGAUCAAGAUGGCUAUGGUUACAAGGAGCAAGGCUGGCAUUUCAUCCAGGUAUGUCUGACUCCAAAGAAGCUCUCUUUCAAACUGAGCAUCAUCACACAUACCAUAAUCCUAGCAAGCAGGAGGCAGAGGCAGGAGGAUUUCCGGGAGUUUUCUGUCAGCUUAAGCCACAUCAUGAGUUCAAGUCCAGCCUGAUUACAAGGUAAGAUGGAGUCUCAAAAACAAAACAAACAAAAGAACUACUCUUUCCACCUCACAGCUUCUGUAGUGGACUCUUACUCCUCCUUGGCUGUGUCCUCCCACACACAGCCAUGGCUUGAGUCCAGCUCCACUCAGCACUGGGCUGGGAAGGGGACAGCCUACAAAGAGAGGUCAGCACUGUAGGUGCAGAGAAGGCUGCUGACCAAGGGACAAGAUGUCACCCCUUCGGGCUCUAAGAGACCAGUUGAAGGCCACAUCUGGGAACAGGGCUUUCAGGAGAAUUUCUUAAUCCUUUACACUUGUCCUGAGUCUGGCAGUCUUUGCAGAAACUCUAAAGCCAGAGGACUUUUAUCAUUUUCAUUGUAGGCAUCAAGGCUGAGGGAUGCUAUGAAGAGGAUUGUCCUUCUCAACUGCUAAUUUAGGAAAGAGGUAGUGUCGGGAGGUAAAACUCAAGAGAUAAAUAGAAAGGAAAUGAAAUCAGUAUGUUGAAGAGACAUCUGUGUUCCUGGGCUCCUGGCAGCACCAUUCACAAUAGCCAAAUAUGGGAUCGACACAAGCGUUCACGACACACGAAUGGAUAGAUGAUGUGGUGUAUGUAUGCGAUUGAAUGCUAUUCAGCCAGGAACAAGGUGAGGUCCUGCCAUUUGUGACAGUGUAGAUGGAACUAAAGGGCAUCAUGUUAGUCAAAAUAAGCAGGAACAGAAAGACAGAUCCUAUAAUGUCUACAAAGAUUAUUUCAUAGAAGAGAGAACAAUGGUCCCUAAAGGCUGGGAGGGGGGAGACAUCUAGAUAACAGGCACUGAAACACAGUUAGAACAUGGCAUGGUGGUGUGUGCCUGCAAGCUCGUUACUUGGGAGGGCGGGUGAGGCCGGGGGACCUUGAGUUCAAGGCCAGCCUGGGCAACACACAAGACCUCCACUUAAACACAUAUAACAUAGAUAGGAAGAAUAAGUUCUAGUUCUAGUCUUUCACAGCACAUAUAUUGUAUAAACAUCUAAAAGGGAGAAGUUGGAAGGUUCCCUGCACAAACAAAUGACUAAGGGGCUACAACUGCUAAAUAUUUCAAUUUGAUGGCUCUACAUUGUAUAUGUGUACUGGCCUCGAAUUCAAGAUCCUCCUGCCUCAGCCUCCUCAGUAGCUGAGAUUACAGACAGACAUCAGCAUGCCAGGCUCUUACUGUGCAUUAGUACAUACUGUACUCCAUAAAUAUGUAAAAUUUAAAUAAAUAAAAUAAUGUUGAACAAAAGCAAGGCAGCUAUGGAAAUGGCAUGAUUGGGAAGGAAGGAAGGCAGAGUGCAUACCGACAUCAAAGGACAGAGCCGCGCCGGGAGCCAGUCCAAGCCCCCAAUGCACUGGAUUGGGCCGUCAACAGUGACUGCAGUACUGAAAUGUGUCCUCGGCCGGCUUUUUUAAUUCACUGACACCAGCAAGGAACGGCCACUGGAGGGCGCGCCUGCCCGCCUCUGAGUCCGGGCGCUGCGCCUUUUCAGUCCAUUCAGUCCUCCUGCAGCACUCAACCCAGCAACAGCGAGGUUGCUGGGAAAUCAAGUUUUCACCACUCUGGACCAGGGACUUUGGGGAAUUUUGAAUCUGUAUCCCAACCCUGUCAGGGAAACACUUAUUUAUUCAGCUUGGGCCUCAUUUUUUUGAAAUCAAACAAAUACGUUGUCAGUUUUUUUAAAAACCCAUUUUAAUGAAGGAACAUGAAUUACAAAAAGUCACCAGCCUAUCACCUAUCAGAUGGUCUGUGAUCAAUAAAAACAGAAAGAAAACAAGUUGUCAGGGAAGUGGUGAAAUUGCAGGUAGAAUUUGACUGGUACCGGAGGUGCGUCCCGGGGGAAUCUCGCCAGGAUCUCGGGGUCGGGAACAGAGAACUGAGUGAGACACAGAAAAGGGAGUGAGGUACACAUUCACUGAAGGGUGGAGACACACGCUCUGCAGGGACAGCAUAGUUGGGGUCAGACUCCUGGCAGCUCCAGCAGAAGGGCAAGGGGGCUUUUGGAGCUGCAAUUCCUGGACUGACUUCUUUCUCAUGCAAAUAAGCCUUUGGGACAUUGUCCUAUCAGAAAUGCACUGGAGCUGAAGCCAGGUUUAAAUCUCUCUAUGGAAGACUUGCUUGGUUUCCUGUGGAUAUAAAUAAAGACUUGCAAAGAGGGCUUUUCUGAUUGGUUCAGUGUGCAGGACCCAGGCGCUUCAGGGGCAUCCUGGAGCCUGUGUUCUGUGCAUGCACCGAGUUCUUUAAGACUUUGACAGCUUCCUCCCAGCAGGUUUGCUCCAGCCCUAAUCUACCUCAGUUCCCUCUGAGGGACAGAAAUCUCCAGUUCUUCAUGGGAUGCUGAGGCAGCACUGGCCUCUUCUUACAGCUGCUUCCUGCUGAAAAGGCCUGCAGGCCCUACCUGCUGCUGGGGGACCUGUGCUCUCUGACUACCCUGGAUGUUGGGCUCACUGGCUGGGCUGGCAAGAAUUUGUCAGAAGACAAGGAGAGGGCUAAGAUUUUAGCUCAGUGGCACAAGUGCUUGCCAGGCAAGCACAACGUUGUGAGUUCAGUCACACACACACACACACACACACACACACACACACACACACACAGAGACAGAGAGAGAGAGACAGAGAGAGAGAGAGAGAGAGACAGAGAGAAAGAAAGAGAGAGAAGGAGAGAAGAAUCUGCCUGGCCAGUGGGAGAAAGCUGUAGGAGAGUCAUGGGCUGGAUCAUGAUCUGAGGAUGGAUCUGUUGAAGCCUUACUACAAGGUUUAAGAGCCAGUAGCCAAGUAUGAGAAGGAACAGGUCAGAAUAUUUCUUGGUCUCUCUCUUUAAAAGUGUACUAUGACUGAGCCAGCAAAAAGACAGUGUUUUUCCUUGCUAUUAUUUGAGACAUUUUCUAGGAGUUUUAUUUCCACGUGUUUUGUGGACAGGAAAGUGUUGCGAAGGGAUAUUAGGCUACCAAGAGCCUGAGAAUGCAGCCCUGGCAAGAUUACCCAGUAAAAAGCAGGAGUCUCAGUACAGGUGCCCAUGUAAGCUGUGGGCACAGUCAAUCCCCCGGUGCCAUAAAUCAUUCACACCAGCCACCUGCUACAUGGAGCAGGGCCCGAGUGGCUGCCUCGUAUAGUUGCAUGCCCAGUGUCCAGAUUCCUUGCGUUUAAAACCGUAACUCUUUCCUUGAUUGGUCCUGGGUUUCCCUUGGACAACCUGGAUGUGCUUGAGGUACUGCCACUUAUGACAGUACAUUUUGGCCUGCCUUUGCUCUUGGUUCCUCUCCUAUUUAUCCUCCUCUAGAUCACGAUUGAAAAGGCUGAGUUUCACAAUGGGGCCCCAGGGGUCCGGGAACUCAUCUGAAGGUUUUGUAAUUUGUGCCAAACAGCUGGGGCCAAUUGACAGUGAGAAACACUGUCCCACUGGUACCUGACCUUCCCCUGAAGUCAGAACUGAGUUCAUAAAUUUAUGGAAAGCUUCUACUGAUUGACUAGGAGAGGCAGCUGGAUUGUCCUUUUUGCCCUGCAUGACCUCUCUCACCUUUUCAUAAUUAACAGGUUUAUUAAUGCAUCUUUUUAUUCCCAUAAGAGCAGUAAUUAUUUUAGACCUCAUUUCCAGUCCUUCCCGUUUGCUUCUGCCGGGAGGACAGCGCCCUCUCUGGGGCGACUCUCUGCUCUUUCCACAGCACACUGCUCAUCUGCGUACCUCCCAGCCACCUCUAGGAGUCCUCAUGUUUUUAUUUAGGGUGCAGCAAGUGGACAAAUUGGACAUCUUGCUAUGCAAGGUUAAAGACAAGGGUCCAAGUCUGAAGCCCCACUUUCUUGCUUCCCGGGCAUCUUGGUGGCUGCUCUUUGUUUGGGACAGUCACCCACCUAAAGCAGCAAGAUGGUGGCUGCAGAGAAGAUGAAAGAGCCUCUGGAGUCCAUCAGCUCCAGGCUCCGACUCGUCAUGAAAAGUGGAAAGUGCACAGUGGGGUAAAAGCAGACUCUGAAGAGUACUAUGCCAUGUUGGCCAAAGCUGGCGUCCAUCACUACAGUGGCAUAAUAUUGAUCUGGGCACAGCACGUGAAAAGUACUACCGAGCACGCACACUGGCGAUCACUGAUCCAGGUCAUUCCGAUAUCACUUGAAGCAUGCAAGUACACACUGGGGAGAAAUAAACCAUGCAAAAUUCUUCAUUGAUAUAACUUGCUACAGCUUGUUUAAAAAAAGAAGAUGGAAGCCCAUCUCCAAACCUAUUAGGAUCUCCUGAAAAUUGGCCUGACUCUUCCUUGCAUUUUUGGAAACCUGCCAUGGAAGAGGAAUCUGGACUUGAGUACUCCUGGGUAUCUCUUAGGAGCAGGAUGUGAGCUGGAAACUCUAUUCCACAUGGGUCCUGUGGGGCUCGGAGCCAUCUGAGGAGCAGGAGGAGGGGUCUGAGGAGUCCUGGGUCUUUCUAGGGAGUGGCAGAUGGUAGAGUUUCUGAGUCACUUGAGAGGGUGGCCCUGAUUUACUGACCUGAGGAUGGAAGGAGGUGGCUCAGGAGACGCCUCCCCCAGUGUGGCUGUUUUCAUGAAACAUGAAGGGAGACCCACAUCUCCCUGAGAGACAGGCAGGACCUGAGGAAUCAUCAGCCAUCUCAGCCUCUUCUUCAGGGGUCUCUUGGGCCUUUGCAGAGGAUGGUUCCAGAUAGAACCAUGAAAACCUGGACAGAUGGGACUUUAGCCCACUUUCCUUGCCUUCUAUGGGAAAGAUCUAACUGAAGAAGAGCAUUAUAAUUUAUAGACUUUCUGUGCCAUUCUGUGCUCAUCUCUCACCAUUUCUGAGUUGAUGUGGAAGCCAAACAGUACCGCCAUCGAAAGUAAGUUGUUUUUUCCUCAGGGUCAAAUGUUUCCAUUUUUGAAGCCUAAUGGUGAGGUCUCUGGGAUCUUUGGAUGUGGGAAGCCGCCUGAGAUGGCGCCCAUUUCCUGCUUCCGGGUUCUUCCCGGCCUGAACAAGCCCGCCAAAUUGUCAUGUCUGCCCAGUUACCCGUGACGCUAGCCUAUCAGCUUGUUAGACGCGCUUCUCUGUGAUUGGAUACUGCUUCCCCUUAUAAGAGGUUGUUCCUGCCCCCAACGGGCGGAAGAGGAACCAACGUUGAGGGUGGCGGACCUUGUUAGGUCCGGUUCGCUGUACGCAAUAAAGUUUGAGAGCUGAUCCUGCUCGAGUCUGGCCUCCUGUCUCCCGCGGCUCCGGUCAUCUGGUGGCCCGUACGGGGAAAAAGGUAAAAGACUCAGCGACGUGCCUCUUUGGCCGGGAGGUGCGAUUGCUGUCGCCUGCGGUACGACGGAGGACCUGGCCCAAUAACAACGGAAGGCCGCGAGCGCCUCUUCUCUUCACCCUGAUCAGCUACGUGAGAUACAGCGGUUCCCGGGUGAGUACUGGGUCACCUGGGUUGGGUGGACGCACCUAACAGAUUUUGAGCGCCACACGAGUGGACGCUGGGUUUUUUUUUUCUUUUCUUUUCCCUUUGCAUCUGUUUUGCUUUCGCUUCGCUAAUACAGCCCGACAGGCUUUUGAUAGAGCUCGAUCGGAAUGCUCAGAGGAGCCCGGAGCCACUGCCGAUUGUGGGUCUCCGGAGGACCCUCAGGGCUCUAAUUCUGAUUCGGAUUCGGAAGGCUCAGAAGAGGAGGUCGUCUUUGCUAAGCAUGACCCUCCUACACAGUUAAAAGAGGAACUUAGGGCUCGGGAAGAUAAAAAGGGGAACCAAACACCACCCUGCCCGAGCUACUCCGCCUUACGGGAGGAGCUUAAGCCCUUCCGCCCUUUGGCAAGUUCGCGACCCACGAUCGCCCCUUUCAGGGCGCCAGGCCCCACUGCACUGCCGUGGCCGGAAGAGGAGUUGCUCCCUGGGCUGCCACCACAACCUAUGGCACUGCCCUGGUUAGAGGGAGAGCUACUUCCUGGGUUGCCUUCUGCACCCCCAUCUGGGGAGGGAGGAGGACGUUCCUUCCACCAGAGGGUAUGGUCGCGGCUUCCUUUUGAGUGUUCCGGUCUCCAUGCAUUCCCGGUACAAGUAGGAGGCAGGGGAGGAGGAGGAUAUUAUGAGCCCUUAGAAAUUAAACAACUUAAAACUAUCAAGGACGCAGUUUCAGCUUAUGGGCCCAAUGCGCCAUUUACCGUGGCGCUUUUAGAGGCAUUGGCAGGUCUGCUUUUAACUCCUGGAGAUUGGACCCAGCUGGCACGCGCCUGCCUCUCCCCCGGACAAUAUUUAGAUUGGAAGUCCUGGAAUGAGGAAUUCUGUGUAGAGCAGGCGGCAGCCAACAGGGAAAAUAACCAGAGAGAGUGGAACAGGGAUAUGCUAUUAGGGCGAGGAGCCUUUGAGGAAGAUCAAACUCAAUACCCUCGCCAGGUUUAUGAACAAAUUAGCCGCUGUGGCCUCCAGGCCUGGAGACGGCUGGCUGGAAAGGGAGAACAUACGGGUCAUCUUACAAAAAUUAUACAAGGGCAGGGAGAGCCAUUUUCAGACUUUGUGGCCCGCAUGCUUGAGGCCGCUAACAGGAUUUUUCCAGAUGCUGGGCUCACCCUCUCAUAAAACAAUUGAUUUUUGAACAGUGCACUAAGGAGUGCCGUGAUGUCCUAAGAACUAACAAAAAUAGGUCCUUAGAAGAGUGGACUCGCCUGUGCCGUGAAUUGGGUGGCCACGGCCUAACGCCCAAAGGAAGAAUAUCAUUGGCACUCUUUACCAUAAUCAUUCCCCUGCCACGGAACAUAGCAAUCCGUCCCCAACCGACAAAGGGCUGGUUAGAUGGAAAGAUGUCCUUACAGGACAAUGGAUGGGCCCGGAUCCAGUGAUUAGCUGGACCCGAGGUGCGGUUUGUGUCUUCCCACAGGAACCAGGCUGCGAACCGCUGUGGGUCCCGGAAAGAUUGACGCGAGCAGUAAACUCCCCACCAGUUCCUGAUAAAGCACAGGAGGAUAAGCCCACGGACACAAGUCAACUCGACCCUUCUGGGACCGACGCUCAGCGCCCGAGACCAUCUACAAACUAAAAUGUCUGGUUUGGAGCUUUUUCUAUUCUGUAGGUUCCUAUUAAUCACCCCUGUUCGCACAAGUUUGACCAACACUGUUAAAAAUAUGACAGCUUGGCUGCAAGACACCUACCUACCUAAGUUUCACAAUUUGUCCCUCAUAGUCGGUCAGGAACUUGACAAUAUGGACGGUAUCCAACUAGGUCCAGUCAGGUUCGAUUUAUCAACUUUAGGCAGUGUUAUAGCCAGUUCGUGGGAACGCGUCACCUCCUGGUUCUCCUGGCCCAACCUGACUACUUGGAUCCUGAUUGCCGUGGCCUUCCUAGUGGGGCUUGUGGUUAUUAAAUGCUUGUUAGAUUGCCUCAUACAAACUCAGCAGCAGGUUAAGAUCACAGCUAUGGCAGCCAUGCAAAUGGCAGCAGGUGGCCCAUCAGGCCAGCAGGCCGCCGCAUAUCUCCUUCACAUUGCAGAACAUCAGUUAUAAAAGCUGAGUGGGCAAGCCAAUGACGGGUAAGACGGGAGACGUCCUCCCGGUCAACCUAAGACAGGCUCCACUCAGAUAUAUAUGGCCUUUAAGGCCAGGGGUCCCUCCUGGAGUCAAAUUAUUGGCAUUGAGAUGCGAGACCAAGGGUACUGCAGUGCCAUCCGCCCCAAAGGUUGGGGGGAAGGCAGGAAUGAAUGUCUAUAUGCAUCCAGGUUCGGUUCACAAAAGCCUGGCCCUGCGAAAAAAUGAACCACUCUCCUUGAGCAUGGUCCUGGCGCAAGGAUAUGCACAAAACAGGGUGAUGCACAGCAGGGUAUAGACCUCUACAUUCUCUCAUGCCUUGGCCUACAAGGUAGGCCCACUCCUAGGUGUCUAACAGCAACAAGGUCAUAGACACCUUGGAGGGACGCACAGACCAUCCUAUUUUAAUAAAUAAAAAAGGGGGAGAUGUGGGAAGCCGCCUGAGAUGGCGCCCAUUUCUUGCUUCCGGGUUCUUCCCGGCCUGAACAAGCCCGCCAAAUUGUCAUGUCUGCCCAGUUACCCGUGACGCUAGCCUAUCAGCUUGUUAGACGCGCUUCUCUGUGAUUGGAUACUGCUUCCCCUUAUAAGAGGUUGUUCCUGCCCCCAACGGGCGGAAGAGGAACCAACGUUGAGGGUGGCGGACCUUGUUAGGUCCGGUUCGCUGUACGCAAUAAAGUUUGAGAGCUGA